AUGCCACUAGCCAAACCAGAGGAUGACUUUUUCGCAUUUGGAUCUAAUGAUUUUGAUAUGACACCACCAAAGAAGAAGUUGAAGAAAGAGAAAAAGCAUCAUCGACAUCAUCGGCAUCAUAACCGCACACAAAAACAGAUUGAAAGCCCAAAGGCAGGUCGAACAGUUUCACUCAGAAGUGUUUCAUCUUCAUCGGAUCCACUAGUAUCGGACAUAGAGCCGGUGAAAGCUGAGAAAAUGAGUUCUCUACCUCAGGGAAAGAUCGAAAAGUCAGCAUCCAGAAGUAAACAUCCAGUGGAUGAUGAUCUUAAAAAGCUGCUUGGCUUAAAUAACGAUAAUGAUGAUGGGGUCGAGUAUCCAGCAAGCUCGUAUGACCUUCAAUCGGAGCCAAUAACAUCAUAUAACGAUGAUCUCAACCAAAUGCAGACGGAGGACGAGUCGAUAUUGAAUCAGAUGGAUUCGGAGAUUUCUGAAGCAAAGAAAUACGAUGAUGGACUUUGGAAAAAACGAGGUUACAAGAAAGAAAUCACCGGAAACUUUCCAGUGGAAUUGGGAGGGCAAACUAUCUUGGCAAAGAAGGCACCGUUUGAAAUUACUGUCAGUUUACGAUACCAGGAACGUGAGUUUAGUGUAUUUCUCAAGGCAAAAGGUUCAACAAGCUUUCAGAAAAUACGCGAAACAGUUCUCAAGCAAGUUUUCAGAUCGAAUACGCUUUGGUCCUUUACCUCUUCACCUGAGAAGUUGGUUUUCUUCAUCUACGAUCUUGAUAUAAUAGUCAACCAGGUUCUUCGGAUUGGAUCACUUCUUCGGUCGUCAAAAAAGAAGGUAGAGCAUUCUUUUUCGGACGACUCAUUCGUCUUACGAACUAUGCUGGCACCGAUGGGCAUAGCGUUGCAAAUACAGGCUGAAGAGAAGCAAAAGAAAGCAAACUCGACCAUUCUGCAGGGUGAUCCUGGUGAUCAUCUUGAUGAAUCAAUCAAAUCUACAAUAACCAUUCAACUAAAAGACAGAAAUACGGGGAAAAUAACGCGUGUGUCAACAUCUAGGUCUACUACAAUUGAAUCUCUUGAGAACAUCUUUCUUGUGCGGAUGAAGUACCCGGAUGGUCUUCGAGUGAAACUUUAUGGUACAAGUGGCGAAUUUAUGGGCAAGGAGCUUUCCUCUGUGAGAGAGGAUAAAUCGAAAAAGGCUGAGUUGGCAGUGGAACCGGAUAUUACUGAAGAAACCGAGGAGAGCAUUCCGGAGAUUGGGAAAUCGAACUUUAAGGGGCCUGAGGUGAUAAAGCUGGAUGAUUUCUCGGAUGACGAGAAAGAAGCUACAAAUGAUGAGCAGGAAGUUCAAAAGACAUUAAAGGAUGAAGUGGUUGAGUUGAGCAGGACAAAAUAUAUGUUGGUACCAACUACAGUUGGUUUCUACAAACUUGAAGAUCAGGAUGUAGUGGAACUUGAGUACAGUGAGGAGGAGCUUGCCAAACUCAGCGAAUCUUUGCAAGGGAAUUCUGGAAAUGAGGAAGAUGACAAUAUGGAUGCCAAGGGCCUUCUUGAUAAUUUAAAUAUGAAGAGCGAUACGUACUUUGGAAUCAAGCUCGUGGGAAAGGAUGGUAAGGUAUAUCAGGUUGGUGUUAAGCCUGAGACAAGUGUACAGUCGAUGAUCGAAUAUUACCGGAAAAAGGCCAAUGUUCCAGAAAAGACACACAUCAGUUUGAUUUUCGACGAGGAACCACUCGAUCCGAAGUGGAAAGUGAGUGAUACUGAGCUCGAACAAGAUUUUAUGGUGGAUGUUGUGCUAAAGUAG